CAGAACACUGUGAAUUCUAACUAAUGAAAAUACUACCUCCUAAAAUACAAAGAGCCUACUCAGUGCUCACCCAGAGCAGCCGAGAAACCAAAAUGCCUGCGGGAUCUGCGUGGUGUCACCCUGCUUUGCUCUUGCUUCUCUCCUCUGCGCCCCUGUGGGCAGCCGAGAUUUCCUGCAGGAAUGAAGACGGGGAGACCGUGGACUGGUUUGCUCUUUACAAGCUACCCAAACAUGCCAAAGGAGAGAUUCCCAUCCUGGGGCUGGAAUACAUGUACAUGGAUGCCCUGGCUCCACAGUGGCAGCUCAGUAAAUACCUUGUCAAUAUGACACAAGGUGCUCUGGGACAAACACUGAAGCAGCUGUACGAGAUGUAUGAAUCCAAGAAGAACAGAAUUGCAUAUGCAAUAUACAAUGAUGAGGUCCCUGAAUCAGACUCUGAUGGCUGGAAAAACGGACAUACCAAAGGAUUUAUGCUCUUGGACAAAACACAAGGCUUCUGGGUGAUUCACAGUGUGCCCCUGUUCCCUCCCGUCCCUGAGGAUGGCUACGGGUAUCCAGCUACUGGGGAGUCCUACGGACAGACAGCCAUCUGUAUAACCUUCAAAUACGACCAGUUCACAGAAAUAGACCAACAGAUGCUCAGUUAUAAUCCAGGAAUCUACAGCUGUUCCAUCCCUAACAUCUUCCAAGCUGAUCUCCCAAAUCUGCAGAAGCUCUGUGCAGGGUCCAGGCUGCCCUCGGGCCCCUUGCGCCACCUCUCCAAGCUCCAGUCAGCUCAUGGGGAAACCUUGCUCCACUUUGCAAAGUCACACUUAUUCAUAGAUGAUAUCUACGCAGCCUGGAUGGCUCAGGAACUGAAGACUGAUUUGUUGGCUGAAUCCUGGCAGCGUUCCGGCCAAAAACUUCCCUCAAAUUGCUCUCUUGACUACCAUGUCUACAACGUAAACCUAAUAGGGAUGCCAUCGAAUUCCACCUUUUAUUCCAUUAACGAUCAUUCCAAGUGGGCUGUUUCAAGGGAAUACAAAGAUCAGUGGACCUGCAUUGGAGAUUUAAACCGUGCUGCUGAGCAGGCUUGGAGAAGUGGUGGGUUCAUCUGUACACAGAACGAACACAUCUACAAAGCCUUCAGGCAUUUGAUAAUUCACUACGAAAGUUGCACUGAUGCUUCCACAUUGAUAGAAUAAACCAUUCCUCCCAAAGAGUACCGCCCCUCAUCACAGAGAAAGUGUAGGAAGUGUCUCCCUUAAACUGUACUUUCACACUGAAAAAUGGCCCUGGGAGUUAGAGCCAGAUGCGUUAGACCUUCACGCUGUUAGCUAUAAAAGCAGGCGGUUUGCAGGUGGAUGAGGGCUGUUUUGCCUGGGUGCCGGAGCAGCAGGCUCUGCAUGUGCUGAGCCCCGCGGCAUCAGCGCUGUGACGGGACGCCGCUGCACGAGGCUGGACCCAAGCACAUCGCUGGGAGUGGCUGUGCGCAGAUGUCCCCGCAGGAACUUGUGAAUGAUGCUGGAUGUGGGAUGGGAGAAAAACCAGAAACCUGUCUCGUUAGCUAGGUUGUCGGGCUGGGCAGUUAGCAAGAGAAAAGUACCCCAAAAUGCUUCCAAAUCGCCCCGUAUUCCAGGUGCUGUUGAGAUUGAUCACAGCAUUUCUGUUCCAUUUGGGCUGAAUCUCUUCAAGAUCUGACAUAAUUGGAUACAGGCAAGGAGACAAGUAGAUCUGUGGACAGGAAGGCUUUAUUUUUGCAUGAUUCAUUUUUAGAGAAGAAAUGAGCUUUAAAUCAUUUGUAACCAAUAGCUUGGGAGUAUUUCUAGUGCUUUUAUUGAUGUACAGCAAUUUUAUAAACAAAUAAACGUGUCCAAAACAUGAAGAAGCAAAAUAAAUUAAGAGGAAAAAAUGGUCUGUUUACAGCCUCCCUUUUCCAUCUUUAUAGUUAUUUGUGGUUAGUUACAAUGGUUUAUAGCUGCCAAAGGAAAAAUGGAGACAAUUAGGAAUAUUU